AUGUCCCUUGAAAUACCUUCCAAAUAUAAGAAGGCAGUGUUUGAGUCCUAUAACUCAAAAGCCAAGUUUGUUGAUGGCAAAAUCCCAGAAAUCGCAGCUGAUGAAGUGUUAGUCAAAGUGCUAUACGCUGGAGUAUGUCAUACUGAUUUGGCCGUUUUGAGCAACGAAUUACCAUGGCCGACUCCGUUUCCUUAUGUUGGAGGUCAUGAGGGCUCUGGAAUUGUUGUUAAGGUAAGUUUUAAUGUUUAAGAUUAGAAACCGUUUGUAUACUAUUAUUGCUCCAUCGGGGCGUAAUUUUUGCUGUGUUGCUUAAUAUGAGCAUAUAAUGACAUAGCCUCAAAGAAAUUGCAAGAAAUGGUAUUACGCAACGUUUUCUUAUGUAAUAUGUAAUGUUUUCGUAACAUUUACCUCGAUGUAAAACGACCCAACAAAUGUCUGCAAGUGCUGGGAUUUUACUCCGUUUUUCUGCAAAACAAUGUUAUUCAUUAAUAAUAGUAAAUUGAUUAAAAUUUAACGUACUGAAACAAGUCUUAUAAGUUAAGACUGAGCUUAAAAGCGUAAGGCCUAGAAGAGUAAGACUUAGAAACUUAAAGCCUAGAAGCCUAAGAACUCAAAUAAGCCGAAAAGCCUAAGACCCAGAUGUCUCAGGCCUAGAUGUAUAAAGCCUUAGUAGACUAAGGCCUAAAACCCUAAAGCUUAAAAGUCUAAGCCUAGAAGCCGAAGAUCUAGAAGCCUAAGGUUUAGAAGCCUAGAAGCCUAAAACCUAGGAGCCUAAGGUCUAGAAGCUUAAGGCCUAGAAACCUAGAAGUAUAGAAACCUAAGAACUAGAAGCCUAAGGUCUAGAAGCUUAAGGCCUAGAAACCUAGAAGUAUAGAAACCUAGAAGUUUAGAAGCUUAGAAGCCAAAAAGCAAAGAAGCGUAGAAUCUUAAGGCUUUUGAGCUUAAGCUUCAAAUGUCUAGAAGCUUAAGCCUUGCUUAAGCAAAUGUUUACUAAAAUUAAACUUACCAACACUUAAAUACCUAAAACCUUUAAAUUUUAAGGCCGGAGCAUCAGUGACCCACCUAACACCCGGUGCAAAAGUCGGUAUCCGUAUCGUUAACGGCAUGUGCAAUCAAUGUGAAAGCUGUCUUAACAACCGUGAAUUUAUUUGUAUAAAACAAAAGAUGGUCGGCAUCUUCCUCGACGGUACUUAUCAACAAUAUACAGCACUUAAAGCUCAGGACCUCGUAUUACUACCAGAAAAUAUUGACCUAGCCAUAGCUGCCCCUAUAACUUGUGCUGGAGUAACUGCUUACCGUGGUAUCAAGCGUGGUAACCCCGUGGUCGGUCAAUUUAUUGCUGUUAUUGGUGCUGGUGGUGGUGUUGGUUCGUUUGCUGUACAGUAUGCUCAAGCGUUUGGAUUGAGGGUUAUAGCUAUCGACCAUCCGUCGAAGAAGGAACAUUGCUUGAAGAUGGGAGCUGAAGGCUUUGUUGAUGGAUUCAACGAGGAUUUGGUGACUGAAGUGCAAAAACUGACGAAUGGUGGGGCUCACAUAGUACUGAACUUCAGUGCUAGUGCUAUGGCGGUUGAGAAGGCUUUACAGUAUGUUAGAGUAGCUGGCACUCUGGUUUUGAUUGGGGCUAUGGAUGAUAAGGUAAGUUAACAAAGGCCUUAUGUUAGCCCAGAGUCCUAGACCUAGACCUAGACCUAGACCUAGACUUAGACCUAGACUUAGACCUAAACCUAGACCUAGACUUAGACCUAGACUUAGACCUAGACUUAGACCUAAACCUAGACCUAGACUUAGACCUAGACUUAGACCUACCCUAGACCUAGACCUAGCCUACCGCCCUCGCUCUAGCCCUAUUCCUAGUCUUACCUUUAGCCCCAGCCUUAAUGUCGUGUGUCUUCAGAAAGGAAAGAUAGUUCAAAUGGACAACAAUCUUGUCGCUAGCCGUUGUAUCACCAUCACUGGCUCUAUGACUGGUACCCGUCAAGACACUUUAGAAGCAUUGGACUUGGUUGCUCGUGGAGUGGUCAAAAUCCCGGUAGAAGUAAAGUCAUUCAGUGCUUUAGAUGAAUCUUUGGCAAAUUUGAAGAACAGCACUGUUGCCGGUCGUGUUGUUCUUGACUUGUGGAAGUAA